GGCAGUGGCAUCUGCGGCCAGCCAGCUAGCGAGCGCGGCCGCCAGCUAGCGGUAGCAGCCGCGGCAGACGCCGAAGCAUUAGAACAGUCGCACAGUGGUGCGCACUCUCGCUCUCGCUCUCGCCUCAACAUCAUUCUUGCUUGCUUUCUUACAGCGGCACAUUUCUGUCAAUCUGAUUGCGAGCCUAGUCCUCCGGCCCAGCUCCCAGACACAACACAAACUGCCUCAGUUUAGACCGUGUCCUGCGUCCUACUUUUUUGUUCCGUUUCGGUACCUGCCCGGCCCUCGGGGGCAGCCUGCCCAUCGUCGCUUGCCUUCUUUGUUCCGUGGCAGUGCAUUGCUUGCAGUGCAGCAGCAGCACCAGCCCCAGCCAACUCGCUCGCUCGCAAGCACAGCAGCACAGCUCAGCUCAGCUCAGCUCAGCUCACUUCACUUCACUUCACUUCACUUCACUCACUCUCUCUUUCCACUGCACUACUUUCGCACUCGGGUUCGAGAUAGUCUUCUGGAGUGCGCCUUCAGUGGCACCCCUCUUUCUGCUGUCUGUCUGUGUCUGACUGACUACUGCCUGACUCGACUCGACUCAUUCACUCACUCACCAGUCACCACUCACUCACUCAUUCACUCACUCACUCGACUCUACUCUACUCUACUCGCUCGUUCGCCCCCGCCCGCCCCCUUCUGUUUCUCUCUUACCUCGUCAAGCUCUCCUCUCUCUCUAUCUCUCUCUCUUCUCUCGAUAUCUGUCAUCAAUCCAUCAAUCAAUCCUCGUACCCACGACCUUUCCUGUUGCCUAGCCUCGUAUCGCGAAGCACCCGUCUCCACCUUUUGUGUCCACGCUGACCCUUCCUUCCUUCCCUUUUUUACACUUGCUUGGCCGUGUGCAUUUGCCGCCUCUGGCUCGCAGCAACACUCGAACCAGAAAUUUUGCUACUUGCUACUUAUCACACGAAGACCCUUCGUUCUGCCUGAAACAAACAGCUUCUCUAGAAACUUCAAAUCAUCUUCCCAUUUUCUACUUUAUAGUUUUACUCUCUCCCUCUCCGUCCCUCUCUUUCUUUCUCUCCCUGUGUCUCCCUCUCUCUCUUCUCUCCCUCAACGCUCAAUUUGAAUAACACCGCGCAGUCUUCUGCUGCUCUCGUAGCUUCAUUCGUGUCCAAGUCGAAUCCAGUCGCAUCACGCACAUCGCCUCUCUCUUGCUGUUCUGAAAGGAGCUGCGCAUUGCGUUCUGCGCAAGUUAGCCUCUGCUGGUCUACAACAUUACAUGUAGUGGGAUGGAGCUCUCAAGCACAUUCGCUGGUGCUUGUCCCGUCAUCAUGGGAGAGGCUUUCCACAUUGACGAUUUGUUGGACUUCUCCAACGAGGACAUUGCGGGGCCGAUAGGCGAGGGUUUACUUUCGAGUCUGGACUCAACAAUUACGGACGUCGAGACGAUCAGUACCACCGGCAGCCCCUCGUUGGCAGGGACCAAGCACAUUCUGGAUGGAGACGACGUUGUAGCCGGAGACCUCUGCGUGCCUUGUGACGAUUUAGCUGAGCUGGAGUGGCUAUCGAAAUUUGUCGAAGACUCGUUUUCCAUGGGGGAGGCAACGAGACCCGUGACGAGCUCAGGCGGUCUCACCGUCAGCACUGACGUGCAGAUUGAAUCAUAUACCAACAAAGACAGGGACCGAUUCCAGAGUGCGAGCCCCGUGUCCGUGUUAGAAAGCAGUGCUAGUUCGGAAAGAGCAAGUAAUCUUUAUCGAGAAUUGUCCGUGCCCGGCCGUGCACGCAGCAAGAGGGCUCGUACCGGCGGGCGCGGGUGGGGCACGACAGCCCGCAUACUUUCUUCGUCGAGCAAUUCGGGUUCCGGUUCGGGCUCGGGUUCAGGGUCCGGGAAUGAUACCGAAUCGUUGUCGUCGGACUCGAAUGCCAUGACCGGAGGCGGCAACUCUUCCUCUCAAACUCUCUCUGUCGACAGCCAAGCGACUCCUUCAGCGGCCAUGAUAGCACCGAAGGCUGUGUCUUCGAGUGCGAAGAAGCCUUGGAAAGCCAGCAAGAGUGGGAAGAAGGGGCAGGACGCUUCGCAACCGUGGCGGUGUAUGCAUUGCUCGACGCAGCGAACGCCCCAAUGGAGAGCAGGUCCAAUGGGUCCCAAGACUUUGUGUAAUGCGUGCGGAGUGCGCUACAAAUCCGGUAGGCUUUUGCCCGAGUACAGGCCGGCGGGAAGUCCCGGUUACAUCGGUCACAAGCACUCUAAUUCUCAUAAGAAGAUUCUGGAAAUGCGAAGGCAACGAGAACAGCAACAACAGUCGCAACCAUCAUCGAUGCUUUCGAGCUCGAGCUGUCAAGUGUCUCCGAACCACCUUUUAGAGCUCGAGGACCCCGACAUCUGCAAUUCGCAGAGUUAGACGACAUGGUCGUGAGAGUUCCAAAAAGACGGGAGAUUUUCACUUCUAGACAGCCAAGCCAAGCACAGCCCAGCCUAGCCCGCGAUAGUCAAAUUUAAUCAGUCCCCGACGGACGACGACGUGACGUUUCAGUCUGUUCGUUUUUAUUCAAAGCCAGCCAAUGUAUAUGUGAAGAAGGAGAAGAAGAAGAGGGAGAAGAGAUAUUAAACAAUUCUCAGUUGCGAGAGAGCCCCGGAGAAAGAGAAGAAGAAGAGGAGGAGACAGAAAGACAGACAGAAGUUCCCUUGAGGUUUCCCUGGAGUGGGAAAUCCAAUCAUUUUUUUUGCCUAGCUUCCGUUGAGAGGUGGGAAAGUUGGUGGCCAGUACAUUAGCUGGUUCGCUGGAUACGCAGCAGUUUAGACCCGACCCGACGCGACGAGACCCGACCCAAAACCAAGGAAGGAGGUCAGCCCAUGCCACCUGAUGUUAAAAUCUAGUGUUGUAAGUAUAGCAGUCACUCACUUGACCUUACACGGGCCCAGAUGAUGUAUUUUUGUAGAUUACACUUUUAGCUGCGUCCUUCGAAGAUUCAGUUCAGACCUGUUACUUAGCAGAGCGUGCUUACUGCCGGCGGGAUUCUUAACCAGAUUUGUCAGACACGUUAGUCAGUUUAUCAUCAUCCAUUACACAGUCCAAUCAGUUCGAUCUCACUUUGUUUCACAAUUCGUCUAUCAAUAAAAGUUAGCAAGAAACCAUCCCUUUGGUGAUGC